AAACUACAUGGCAAGAUUGAACGGCACUGCCUCUUCUAGCUCAAUGUCAGCCUGGAAACGAUGCGGCCAUGAACACUGCCCUUUCGCUAUUCAACUGCUGUAGAGCUGCUCUCUGGAGAUCAGAAUCAGCAUUGCCAAUUUUCGACCUGAACUCCUGGCAUCCACGCUCUCAGACUCUAGUCCUAGCUCCCUGGUCCAGCGCAUCAGUGAUCACCAUGAAGGCUGCCCUUGUAAUCCUCGUCCUCGCCGGCCUCCUCAUCGCAGUCCCUCAAGAGGUUGGGGCAUCCUCUGAUGAGGCGCUCCAGUUUGUCAAGCAGUUUAUUGCGGAACACCCGAUCGCAAUGUUCAGCAAGUCCUACUGCCCGUACUGUGCGAGGGCGAAGCAGGCGUUCAAGGCUCUAGGGCCCGAUGCUGAGCCGGCAGUGGUGGAACUGGACGGCAGAGAGGAUGGUUACGCGAUCCAGGAUGCACUUGGGGAACUUGUAGGCCGGCGCUCCGUUCCUCAAGUCUUUAUUGAUGGCUUUCAUAUUGGUGGCUCUGAUGAUACGGUGGAUGCUUAUCAAAGUGGUAAGCUUGCCAAGCUAGUGGCAAAGGCUACUGGGAAAGCUGCUUCGGCUUUCAAUACCAAGUAAUCUUUGAAUGUCAAAGAGGGAAGCACUUUUCCUCAUAUUUUCAUCGCAAUCGCCAUUCAUGCAAUUGCAAAUCCCUGUGUAAGACGACUACUUUACGAAAUUUGCACCAGGGCAUGAGCGGUUGAAUUUGAGGGAUAGUUCUUGUCACUCAUGUGAAUGGUAUUCUGAUUUCUGCCCAUUUCUUUACUGGACAAAGCGAGUGUCAAAACGUGGUGGACGGCCAUUAUGGCCAAUUGCCAUGUGACUAUACUGUCUUCAGAAGAGCUACAACACCAUUGACCGCGUUGG